GGCCUGGGAGGAGGCAUAAGGGACCAUAUGUAAAAGCUCAUAUAUACAUCUUGUGCACUUUCUACGGCCUGUUCUAGCUCAAUUUUUAAUUUUACUGUUUUUUGAACAUGGGGAUAGUGCGGGCAGGACCCUCCGCGGAGGCUUGGAGAAGCCGGACAGGGAGUACCGGCACACGCGGCCCGCCCGGCCUCUCCUCUGGGCGGAACCAAUUGUGACGGCAGCGAGGUUUCCCACCGGCACUACAAAGCUGCAACACGGGAGGGGCGGUGUGCGCCUGCGUGACGCGGCUGCGCGCGAUGUGCGGGGCCGAGGCCGUGGCGGCGGCGAGAGGCGGCGGCGGCGACGGCGACGGCCCUCCAGCGCCACCACCAUGAGCACCAAACAGGUCACCUGCAGGUAUUUCAUGCAUGGUGUGUGUCGGGAAGGAAACCAAUGCCUGUUCUCACAUGACCUGGCAAACAGCAAGCCUUCCACCAUCUGCAAAUACUAUCAGAAGGGCUAUUGCGCCUAUGGAACUCGUUGCAGGUACGAUCACACGAGGCCGUCUGCUGCGGCGGGCAGUGCUGUGGGCACGGUGCCCCACGCUGUGCCCUCCCCUGGCUUCCACAGUCCUCACCCUCCUUCUGACCUCACUGCAACUAUUGUGAAAACAAAUUUACACGAGCCUGGGAAACGCGAAAAGAGAACCCUGGUGCUUAGAGAUCGAAAUCUCUCUGGCCUGGCUGAGGAGAAGACAUGUCCGAGCGCAGUGAGCAACCCUGGAGGCUGCAGCAACCCCCAGAGCAGCCCAGAGGGGAGGCCGCACUCCUACCUGGACGCCAUCAGGAGCGGCCUGGACGACGUGGAAGCCGGCAGCUCGUGCGGCGGCCAGCAGCAGCUGUGCCCCUACGCGGCGGCUGGGGAGUGCCGGUUCGGGGAGGCCUGCGUCUACCUGCACGGCGACGUGUGUGAGAUCUGUAGGCUACAGGUCCUGCACCCCUUCGACCCCGAGCAAAGGAAGGCACAUGAGAAGAUGUGCAUGUCAACAUUUGAACACGAGAUGGAAAAGGCCUUCGCCUUCCAGGCCAGUCAGGACAAAGUGUGCAGCAUCUGCAUGGAAGUGAUCCUUGAGAAGGCGUCUGCUUCCGAGCGGAGAUUCGGGAUUCUCUCCAACUGCAACCACACGUACUGCUUGUCCUGCAUCCGCCAGUGGCGCUGUGCCAAGCAGUUUGAGAACCCGAUCAUUAAGUCUUGUCCAGAAUGCCGUGUGAUAUCUGAGUUUGUCAUUCCAAGUGUGUAUUGGGUAGAAGACCAGAAUAAAAAGAAUGAGUUGAUUGAAGCUUUCAAACAAGGCAUGGGAAAAAAAGCUUGUAAAUACUUUGAACAAGGCAAGGGGACCUGCCCGUUCGGAAGCAAAUGCCUAUACCGCCACGCUUACCCCGACGGGAGGCUAGCGGAGCCCGAGAAGCCUCGAAAGCAGCUGGGUUCUGAAGGCACCGUGAGGUUCUUCAACUCCGUGCGGCUCUGGGACUUCAUCGAGAACCGGGAAAGCCAGCAUGUGCGCAGCACUGAAGACGUGGACAUGACGGAGCUCGGGGACCUCUUCAUGCACCUGUCUGGAGUGGAGUCCUCAGAACCCUGAGGGAGCCUGCGUCCCAGCCGAGCCGUUCCAAGCCAGGGCGUGCGUCCCUGCCACAGCCCAGGUGGCGCCGUGCUUGUUAACCCGGUCUAGUCACCUCUCCGUGGGAAGUGCAGGGUAUAAAUCCACCUGGCCGUGUGCAGGUCUCUCCCUUCUUAGUUGGUAUCUAAGUUGCACCUCAAGCUCCUCGGGCAUCAGCCAGACUUUGCUUUUAAAACCAGCCUGGCUCCCGUCCUCCCUAGACACCAUCCACUGUCAGCUGCCCCAGGGCUGCAGCAGCUCAUUUUUUUUAGUUUAGGCCUCUUAAGCGCAGUAGCGGGACCCUUUAUAGCAAGUACUAGUCGGCGCGCACAUGAAGCAGGGUGGAGCGUGCAGUGUCCAGGACCACGUGUCCAUCAGGGACAGGCCGUGGCUCUCGGAGUAGGGAGCUUGAGUGACAGCGCAGGCCACUUUCUGGCCGAGGGCACCCAGCCUGCCCAGACUCACCUAACAAGGGCUUCCUGCUCGCCCUCUGUUCUCUUCUGCAAAGCCUGGCUUUGGUGUGAAACUUUGCAUAAAUCUAGGGGCACUGAGAGUUUCCGGCUCUAACCCAACGGCGGCCCUAAAGAGACCUGUGGCCACCUCUGUUGCCACUGUGACUUCAGCUGGAAAGAACAGGGCUGCGUGGUCAGCACGUGUGCUCCUGGCCUGAAUGUUCUAUUUUUGUAAGCAGCUGUAGAUACCAAAUACUUUAUAAAAUGCAUUACUUCAAAGUGGGUGGAAAAGUCUCCCCUGACCCGAGGUUAACGCGCUCUGUAGUUUUAUAGUCAGUCACAUCUACUCCCAGCUGUGGCAUUUGCUCCAGCAGGGAUAAGCCAACGGAGGAUUCAGGCUGUGAGGUCAGCUUUGGAGAAACAGCCACUAAACCUACAUUU